UUUCAGGUAUUGUUGUCGUGGGGAUAAAUCGCCCCAAAGCGAAAAAUUCCAUCAGCAAAAAUCUGGUCAAUAUGAUGUUUGAGGCUGUGGAUGAUAUCAAGAAGAAUAAUAAAGUGCGCAGUGUAAUUCUAUGCAGUUUGGUUCCUGGGAUCUUCUGUGCAGGUGCAGACCUGAAGGAGAGGGCCAAGAUGCACCAGAGUGAAGUGGGGCCGUUUGUGUCCAAAGCCAGAGCACUCAUCACAGAGCUGGGUAACCUGCCGGUACCAACCAUCGCUGCUAUUGAUGGAGCUGCCUUAGGAGGAGGCUUGGAAAUGGCCCUGGCUUGUGACAUCAGGAUUGCCUCCAAUACUGCCAAGAUGGGGUUGGUUGAGACCAAACUUGCGAUUAUUCCUGGAGCAGGUGGGACGCAGCGUCUCCCCAGGCUGAUAAGUGUCUCUCUUGCCAAGGAGCUCAUCUUUGCUGCGCGGGUGGUGGACGGAGCCGAGGCCUGUCGCCUGGGCCUGGCCAAUCAUUCCGUGGAGCAGAACACCAGUGGAGACGCUGCCUACCUGCGGGCUCUGGAGCUCGCCCGCGAGAUCAACCCUCAGGGUCCAAUUGCAAUAAGGAUGGCAAAACUGGCGAUCAACCAGGGGAUCGAGGUGGAUUUAUCUACUGGUCUGGCAAUUGAAGAAGCAUGCUAUGCCCAGGUGAUACCAACUAAAGAUCGAUUGGAGGGUCUGGCUGCGUUCAAGGAGAAGAGGCGUCCUCAGUUCAAGGGGCAGUGAAGCCCCACUGCUUCCGGAACCAGUCCCGAGUUCUGCCUUCAGCGCUCCUACCACCCGCUGCUUCGCCGUGCUGCGGGUGAAACUGUCCACGUCGACGCCCGGACGGCGUCUGUUAGACCGCAGGACGCCAGGACGCUCCUGGCUGGUGGUUUUACCAGUGUAAAGCACGUCCUGCAAGCAAACUAACCAAUCAUUGGCCUUCAUCAGUACUAAAACCUCACUGAACUAACUCAAUUAGCAAUCUGAAACAUCAAAUUACUUCAAAUGGCUAUUGAUCUUUGCAUUAUGAUCAGUAGUUGGUCACUAACCUCUUGGACUAAUAAUCAAUCACCCAGCCACUGACAUGUCUGAAUGCUUUACAUAAAUAAUGCAUCAGAAAGAA